CGGUAAUGUCAUGACAUUUAAUUGUUAAUUUCUAGUAGCUUGGUCUUUGGCUUUUCUAGUUGACAUGGCUUCCAUAAGCCCGCCCCAACCGACUGAAGACUACAAGCGCCUGCAGCUUAUUGAGCAGAAAGUGAUAUCCUGCGUCAAGAUAGCUGCACAAGUGAUGGAACACUUCUCACGCGUGGGACGCACAGCUGAGCUGGCAGAGCCUGUCCAGCAGCUCUGCACCAACUUUAUGAACCAAAUCGCGGAGGCUCUGCAGCUGGUUCGUGAGGGCGCUGAGGCGGGCGGCGGAGAGCACCGUCUGGAGCUGCAUGCCUACCACGGACUGGCUCGGGCGCACGUCAACACGGAGAAGCUGCAGGUGCUGCGAAUGCACCUGGAGGCGAUGCAGGCGGGGUUGCUGCAGGGAGGGC